AGUAAAGGUACAUACUUCACUAUUCAUGAGUGUAGCUUGACCUCUCCUCCUCAAACCAUAGCUUUCAGUUAUUGGUUCAUUCAUAUCCAUCUAUAUAUCUGCUUCUUGAGACCAGAGAGUUUCCCAGCUCCAUAUUCUCCUGGGAUUUUCUAGGUCUAUACAAAUAUAUACACAUACAUACAUAUACAUACAAUCUACACACCCCACACAUAUGGUUAUCAUCUGAGGAAACAAAAAACUUCAGCAGAUAUAUCGACAACAAGUUAGAGGGAGGGAGAUAGAUAUGGGACAGCAUUCAUGCUGCAAUAAACAAAAGGUGAAAAGGGGGCUAUGGUCACCUGAGGAAGAUGAAAAGCUCAUCAACUAUAUUUCAUCCUACGGCCAUGGCUGCUGGAGCUCCGUUCCAAGGCUUGCUGGGCUGCAGAGGUGUGGGAAAAGCUGCAGGCUGAGGUGGAUAAAUUACCUAAGACCUGACCUCAAACGUGGCAGCUUUUCUCCUCAGGAAGCUGCUCUUAUCCUCGAACUCCAUUUUAUUCUGGGAAACAGGUGGGCUCAGAUAGCAAAAUAUCUACCAGGAAGAACGGAUAAUGAAGUGAAGAAUUUCUGGAAUUCAACCAUCAAGAAGAAGCUCAUCUCUCGUUCCUCUAAUCAUCAUCACCUUUCCACCACUAUUAAUAAUACUAAUAAUAAUAAUCAGCAUAUCCCAAAUAAUAAUAACACCAUGCUUUUCGAUCAUAAUCCAAACCUCUACACUAAUCUAAUCCCAAUUUUAAACCCUAGUUCUAGUCUCAUCCAAACCUCCCAUCAUGUGCUGGAUAAUAAUAAUGGUGAUGAUAAUAAUAACCCUUUAUUAUUCAUUCAAGCUGAUCAAGAAAUGAUGAACCAAGAUUUGGUACUUCCUAUGAUGCAGCUGCCAGCCUCCAAUGAUCCCAUGUGGUUUCAUGGAUUUCAACCUGAUCAGAACCCUAGUUCAUCCAAACAAGAAAGUUCAUAUUCCAUGUUUGGCUGUAACGAUACCCCCCACAUUUUCGCUACCGACCAGGAUCCCAUGAUGUUUCCUGCAAUGCCUAAGCUUAGUGAAGUCGGUAAAGAUGAUAUUGAGUGUUGUAUGCCUGUUCUUCCUUCUUCCACUUCUUCUACAAAUAGUGGCUUCAUUGCACGUGAUGUACCGCCACCUCCACCUAUGUAUCAAUUUCCCUUACCGACACUGCCAUCGUUAUCAUCACCAUUGUCGUUCUCGGGACUGACGGGAAAUGAGUUUAUUGCAUUUCAACCUUAGUGUAUAUUUAUUCAGCCUAUAUCAUGUUUGAGUAAGAGAUAAUACAUGAUAGUAUGAUAGAUUGUGUGUUUUUGUUUUGUAAAAUAUAUAAAAAAUACAUUAAAUGUUGUUACUUGGCUUGUUGGGAAUUAUAGGGUGGGGAAUAUUGUUGGUUAAAUACCUAGAUGUUACUAAUUUGGGUUGAGC